UUUUCGUGAAAUGACAUUCGGGGAAAUUUCCUAACCAAAUUCCGGCUGGCAGACAAGUCAAUAGUUGUUGGUUUGACAUUUGUGUGAUCGAAAUCUCGUCCUGAAAAGAACUGGAAUUUUGUAAAAUGGCAGCGUGCAAUAAACUUUCAGUUCUCGCCCGCCAACUGAGCACAUCGGCUCCUGUGGCUCAAAUGGUCAAACCACCAGUUCAAGUGUUUGGAUUGGAAGGUCGUUACGCUACGGCACUCUAUUCAGGCGCUUCGAAAAUGAACCAGCUCGACGCCGUAGAAAAGGACUUGGUCUCACUUCAGAAAACCAUCAAACAAGACCCCAAAUUACGUGACUACAUUAUCAGUCCCAUCAUCAACCGCAAAGUUAUGGCUAACGCUCUCCGCGAAACAUGCGAAAAACUCCGAAUGCAACCAGCUACCAGCAACCUCUUGCAAACUUUGGCCGACAACGGACGAUUGAAGAAACUCGACGCCGUCAUCAGCUCAUUCCGAACAAUUAUGGCUGCACAUCGUGGUGAGGUUGUUUGUGAAGUCGUCACCGCUAAGCCACUUGAUGAUUCGCAACGAAAACAACUGGAAAGUGCUUUGAAGGCAUUCCUUCAAAAGAACGAAUCGAUUCAAUUGACCGCUCGUGUCGAUCCCAAUAUUAUUGGUGGAAUGAUUGUCUCCAUCGGCGACAAGUACGUAGACAUGAGCAUCGCAAGCAAAGUUAAAAUGUACUCAGAACUUAUCACGGCAGCAGCUUAAAAAGCGAAAGUUCUUACUGCCAAGUGUAAUGUAAUCUAAUUUCCAUAAAAACUGAUAAUAAAUGUAAUACGGGAGUAGAAAAA